GAGUAACAAACUCUCAAUCAGAAUUCAGAACAAACUGCUAAUUUUGGAGGGCGGUGAAAACCAAAUUAAUAUUUCGGUUUCUUCAAUUUAAUUUAAUUUUUAAUCCAAAAAAUCGUCAAAACUUUCUGAAAUCAUUCUGGGUAUUAUUCUGCAACAGGACAAAACAAUGGAUACUGCGACAACAGUUGGCUAUGAUGCUUACUUUGAGACAGUUCAAAGUAGAAAAAAGUUGCCCAUUUCGUUACAAGAGACAUUGACAUCUGCAUUUGCAAGCAUACCUGUUUCGUCCUUUCCAAAAGUACCUGGUGGCAAAGUAAUAGAGAUUUCAGCAGAAACAUCAGUAUCUGAUACUGUGAAGGUUCUCUCGGAAUGCAACAUACUCUCAGCACCGGUAACAGAUAUGGAGAAAGCCAACAGCAAUGAUUGGAAGGAGAGGUAUAUCGGGAUAAUAGACUAUUCGGCGAUUGUAUUGUGGGUGUUACAAGGUGCUGAGCUUGCUGCUGUAGCUUUAUCUGCAACCUCUGCUACAGCUGCUGGAGUUGGAGCAGGUGCAAUAGGGACUUUAGGAGCAGUGGCACUUGGUGCCACUGGCCCAGUUGCGGUUGCUGGGUUAGCUGCUGCAGCAGUUGGGGCAGCCGUGGCAGGUGGCUUAGCAGUGGACAAAGGGAUGGGAAAGGAUGCUCCAACUGCUGCUAGUGAGUUAGGUGAUGAUUUCUACAAAGUUAUUCUGCAAGAAGAACCCUUCAAGUCAACCAAAGUCAGGGAAGUUGUGAAAUCAUUCAGAUCGACGCCAUUCCUUCCAGUUUCAACAGAGAGCAAUAUGUUGACGGUUUUAUUGCUUCUAUCAAAGUAUAGGAUGAGAAACGUACCAGUAAUCGAACCAGGAAAGGCUUUCAUGAAGAAUUUCAUCACUCAAUCUGCUGUUGUGAGGGGCCUUGAGGGAUGUCGUGGACUAGAUUGGUUUGAUUGCAUUGCUGCACAUCCCAUUUCUGACUUGGGCCUUCCUUUUAUGUCACGCGAUCAGGUUGUGAGCAUUGACAGCAGUGAGCUGAUUCUGGAGGCAUUUAAGCGGAUGAAGGACCACCACAUUGGUGGCCUUCCGGUUGUGGAGGGACCAAAGAGGAAGAUUGUUGGUAAUUUGAGCAUAAGAGAUAUCAGAUACUUGUUACUCCAGCCAAACCUUUUCUCCAACUAUAGGCAUCUUACAGUAAAUGACUUUAUGAAGACAGUUACCUCAAUGUGCCAAGAGGCAGGUAGAAUUAUGCCACCGAUAACAUGCAAGUCAGACACCACCCUUGGAGAUGUUAUCCACAGCUUGGCUUCCAAAUCUGUUCACAGGAUUUAUGUUGUAGCUGAGGAAGAUGAAGUUAUUGGCGUUAUUACACUCAGAGAUGUUAUUUCUUGCUUCAUCUAUGAACCUCCAAACUACUAUGAUGAGUACUUAGGUUAUUCUGCUGAGGUGUUGCUUGACCGGUGAAAAAUGUCUGUUCUUGAGAUGAAUAAAUGCACCCAAUCGCGUUUUUCACAGAGCGAGUGAGCUGCAAAAAUUGCUCCUUGAUUUAGACUUGAGAAACAUAUUUUCCUUGUUAGAACUUAGAAGUAUAUCAGAAUGUUCUGUCAUUCUUGUGACCUUGUAACUUGAAACUGUCUGAAAUGGGCAUAACAGUGUGCAACAAUGUUAACCAUCCAAAUUUUCUGUAAGCAAAAUCAAUGUUAUACUUGUUUCACCUGAAACUGUUUUCCA